CGGAGAGGGUCCUCGGAAGAAGGCCAGCCGUGGCAGCCGUGGCAGCGGUGGUGGUGGUGGUGGCGCCGGCGGAGCAGCAGGAUCGGGGUUAUUACUCCCCAACAUUGCUACGGGAAUCUAUGGCCUGUGCGGGAAGGCACCUGCGGCGGUGGUGGCGGGUGUGUUUGAUGUCGCCACCCAUGGCGGCUUGCUGGUCGGACCAGGGCCCACCGACCCAAUGAGCAACCACAUCCAGCAGCCGGCCGUGCACCACCACCACCACCACAUGCCCUCUCAUCUCCAGUCCACCAUACCGCAUGCGGCUGCUGCUGCCAGCCCGGGGCUGCUGCCCGGUUCCCAGCGCUGCCACACAACGGCAGCAGCCGGGCUUGGGGCCGCUCCGCUGCCUGUGCUGGCCGCGUUGCCGUUGCCGCAUCCGGAGGGCGCACGGGCUGCACAGAGCUCUGCCUUCGGGCAGGAUGAGGAGGAGUGCCCGGGUGGCCGGCAGGUGGGGCCCAGCCACUCCGUCAACAGUCGUCUCAGCGCCGGCAGCAUCCACACCCCGGGGCGCCGCCGGCCGCCGCUGGUGGGCACCGGGGGAGCUAAGGAAGCGCAUGAGGAGAGUGCGGCCCACUCGAAGCCGCAUCCGCGCUUGCCUGGAGGUGCGGCGGCUGCUGCCUGUCGGGAGGCUGGUGGUGCGGCCGCGGCGGAGGCUAACGUCAGCAGCAAUGGGGCUGGGGGCCAUGGCGGUAAGGCUGCUGCAUGUGCAAGCGGCGGCGGCGGCGGCGGCGCUGCGCAUGCGUCGGCGGCCGCCAAGGCCUCAGCCGCUGCCGGACCUCCAGCCACGGCACAGACGGUGCGCAGCAUGCUUGGUGUGCAGCAUGUUGCCCCGGAGGCCUUGUCGGCGGGUGGCGGGCUGGUCUUCCCGUCGGAAGCGAACAGACCAGCAGGCGGCGGCGACGGCAGCGGCGGGCAGCAGCUGCUGCUGCACCCCCACCAGCCCCCACCGCAACCGUACGGCAUCCCCGGGCCCGCCGUCGCCGCCGCCCGCAUCUCCUUUGCAGGGGCAGCCACCGUCGAAGACGGCUGCAGCCGGGGCGCAGCGCCCCCGGGCGCCGGCAGAGGGCCGCAUCACUCGCCGCGACGGCUCCAAGCGGCAGCUGCCUUCGGAACCCUUCGUUGCCUGCCCAUGCCCUCCACGGCAUCAUGCGGCGGCGUCAGCCCCGCAGGGCCCGCCGUCGCCACCACCGCCGCUGCCGCUGCUGGCGGCGGCGGCGGCGGUUGCUUCCGCCUGGCCUCUGCACAGUACCCGCUGCCCGACUGCACUGCCACGGAUGCGGCUGCAGCGGGGGGCUGCUUGUCCGGCGGGGGCGCCACGGAGCAGGGGAGCUGCAUGGAGGAUAACCACACGCUCGUGGAGACGGAGGCGGCAGGCGGCGGGGCGGGCGACGGCGGUGAGGGCGACGGAAGCGAGUGUUGUAGCGCGGAGCCGCUGGUAAGCGGCGCGAGUAACACGGUGCCGUCUGUGGAGGCGUCCACGCAUGGGCAGCAUCAGCGGGCGAGGGGCCGUCGGAGUUCACCGCAGCUAUCAGUGCGGAUGUAGGUGUGCUGGCGUUGGCGCAGCAGCUGCGUUGCGGGUUUUUGAUUGGAGAAGGAGACUGGAUGAGGGCGAUGUGCUUUUGGGAUUACUUUAUUGGAAAAAGGUUCUUUUCGAUAUUACAGUCUCAGGGCGCUGGAGAACGUGCAUCAUCAUGGCUGUAGCGUACGUGCACUCGGUUUUGGUAGCCGUUGUGGUUCGUUUUUGCCCCAAGUUUUCGCAUGGAUGAUCCUUUAUUUUGGCUAAUCAUGUAUGUAUGUUGGCUGUAUGUAUGUACCUGUUUGCCCCUGUCAUGAGCUCUUGAAGAAAGUUUCUCACGACGUGCCACAGUUAUGGGCUGCUGUGUUCAGUUGGUUAUAAGUUCGUAUACCGGUAGUAUAGUCGUACGUUAACGUUAUUCCUGAAGUGUGCCCAUCUAGCAAGCCCGCAGCCGGUAGCCAUUGCCGCUGGCUGUUGGCUGCUGGUGGGCUGCUGCUGGUGGCGGCACACCUCGUCACGCCUGGCCAGGCCGCCUGAGGGCACGGCUGGUCGCACAGUCACCGAGCUGCCUCCUGUGGCUCAUUGAACCCUUGUCGGCUGUCGAUUGGCGGCCAAAGUAUGAGCACAUGAUGACUUGCGCGAUGUUCUUAUGUCACUGCUGGCACUGUGUCAGCCACACUGCUUAGAGAAUACUACUUAUACUAGCAAUGCCGUAUAAAAACAACUCGUGUCGGGGCUUGAAGGAAGAUGUAUUGGUGCCGGCAAAAUCCAGGCUGGCGACUGUGUUGUUGGGCGGAAUUGGCGUGAUUAUGGUCAACGGCCGUACUUGGACGCGGGUUAAGCGCUAUUAUGGCCGAGCCGAUAUGGGCGCUACAGUUAUUGCAAUGUGCACUGAAUUGUGAAGCGCUCUGGUGCGGCCUGUAUGCGUAUACCCUAUGCUCACCUGUGUUGGGCUCGGCAGGAGUAUUGUACGGCUGUUA